AUGUUCUCUCCGGAAAAGGAUUUCCUACUCUAUAAUGCUUAAAGACCCUCAAAUGUAUAAGUUCCUAGUUUUAUGACAACAGCAUCUUCAUUCAGAAAUCAAAAGUUGUCUAGUUUAAGGAACAAAAGUUGUGCCACGGCAGUCUAAGAUGCAAAACAAAUAUCAACCAUAGAUUAUUAAAUUUGUGAUAAAAGUGAGCCUAUCAAUCUUAGGAAUGCUUGUUAUCCCAAAUUCAAAUCAGAACAAAGUGACAUUUCUGAAAUUGUUAAAACCUAAAUUCACACAAUCAUAACAGUUCCAAAAAUUAUUCAAUUCAUUGAUUUUUGUAAUAAAAAACAUUUAGAUGAUGAACUCAAAAAAAGAAAACUUAGUUAAGACCAAACUCAUAAAGACUUUAAGAUAAAAAUUAAUAAUUUUCCUGAAAAUAGGAAGUCAAUUAGACAAGUGUAAAAACAUAUAAUGAGUAAUUUCACACUUCCAUAAAUGCAUUCCAUUGAAAAAUGUGAAUCUCAAAUAAUCUAAGAUAAAAUUAAUCAACAUAAAAUAGAUACAACUACAAUCACUAAUUCAAAAGCUCGAAAAUUAAUCAACAAAUAACCAAAUUUUCAAGCCUACACAACCAAGUAACCAAUUAGAAGUUUUGACAUGCUUUUUAAUGUUAAACAACUUGUAAGGUUAUAAUAAAAAAGAUAAAAAGAAUUUGAGGAAACUCAAUAAAAUGAUCCAGAAUUUUAACUAGAGAUUAUAAAGAGAUAAAAUUAAAUUUAAAUUUUGAUGUCCAAUACGAAAAAGCUCGAAUAACUCAAAAAAGCAUCAAAAGGAAUAUUAUCGCAUAUUAAUGAAUAAGAUCAAUAGGCUGAAUAAAUAUUUUAGGAUUUUAAAUUGAAAUUGGAUAUCAAAUGA